CCCUGGGGGCCAGAGGUGAGGGGGACAAGACAGGGGACCAACCACAUGACAGUAGUUUUGAGUGGGAUAGAGGCUCGGGGAGACUUGAGGUGGGGAGGUGAGGAGCUGGGAGGGCCUCAGAUCACUCUGAAUCAACCUUAACCCUGUCUGUAGCCAGAACCCAGCCCCAGUGCUCAGUAUGACCUGUCCGGGGCCCGGGCUGCCCUCCUCCUGGCUGUGAUCCAGGGCCGGCCUGGAGCCCAGCAUGAUGUGGAGGCACUGAGGGGCCUGUGCCAAGCCCUGGGCUUCGAGACCACCCUGAAGAUGGACCCUCUAGCCCAGGCUUUCCAGGAGGAGAUGGCCAAGUUCCGGGAGCAGCUGGACGCUCGCAAGGUCCCUGUGAGCUGUGCGCUUGUGGCCCUGAUGGCCCAUGGUGGGCCUCAGGGACAGCUACUGGGGGCUGAUGGGCAAGAGGUGCAGCCAGAGGUGCUGGUGCAGGAGCUGAGCCGCUGUGGGGCCCUGGUUGGCUGCCCCAAGAUCUUUCUGCUUCAGGCUUGCCGUGGAGGGCACAGGGAUGCAGGCAUGGGGCCCACUGCUCUCCCUUGGUUCUGGCGCUGGCUGCGGGCUCCACCAGCCACCCCUUCACAAGCCGAUAUCCUCCAGAUCUAUGCUGAUGUGCAAGGCAGCUUCCCCAGGGGCCCCAUUCCAGGGAGCUCUGACCAAGCAGACAUCCUGAUGGUCUACGCAGCAGCUGAAGGCUGUGUAGCCUAUCGGGAUGAAAAGGGCUCAGACUUUAUCCAGACACUGGUGGAGGUCCUCAGAGCUGACCCCAGGGGAGACCUCCUGGAGCUGAUGACUGAGGUCAAUCGGCAGGUGUGUGAGCUGGAGGUGCUGGGUCCCGACUCUGACGAGCGCCGCAAGGCCUGUCUGGAGAUCCGCAGCUCCCUGAGGCGCCGGCUCUGUCUGCAGUCCUGACUGCGCCUGCCGCCACCCAGGAAGUGCUGACAGUGAGUGGCCACAGACCAACGCCACUACUGACCCCAUCCACUCCUUGGUUUCCUCAUCUAAAAAUGGGCGCGAUAGCACAGGUGACUCAGCUGGUAUGAAAUAAACAUGAUGAUCGCUGUAUACGUGAAUAGUGCCUGUUCUCUGGGAGGUGCGACAGUAAGUGAGAUAAUGUAUGCAAAGUGCCUGGCACUUCGGAGGCUGGGCCCACCGGGUGUGGACUGGGGAGGAAGCGAGGAGGAGCGCGGGCAGCAUCCGCGCCUCAGAAACCCAUCAUGGGCUGCUAGGCUGAGCUGGAUGUCCUGGGAAGGGGCAGCCUGGGGUCCAUAUUGUCCUUCCCGCACACGCACCCCACCUGCACCCCACGCUGGGGCCACGCGACACUCUGGCCUCUGCCUACAUGGUAGUCAGAAUCCAGUCUGGGGCCACAAGACUGGAACAGAUUAUGCAAGAUUUAGCAGUGCUGUGAUGGGGCAGCAAAGGGGCUAGGGGAGCAGUGGGGAGCACCUGAUCCAGCGCGGCCCUGGAGCAGGUCGGGGAAGAUAUCUGGAGCUUCUCGGGACAGGAGUGGCUUGGGUAGCCUCACCCAGGCUCGAACUCCCAGAAACAGACCACUUACGCAUCCUUCACUAGCAGCGGGCGCUCUGUCCAGCUCGGCAGCCCAGCGCGGAGUCCAGCCCACACAGAACUCGAGGGGCAGGGCGCCUGGUUACCAGGAGCAUGCGCAUUAGGGCAUGUCUAGCGGGUGCCAGAGUAUGCUUUAUGAGAAAAGCCAUAACGCUGUUUGCCGCAGGGCCGCGUGGCCUAAUGGAUAAGGCGUCUGAUUCCGGAUCAGAAGAUUGAGGGUUCGAGUCCCUUCGUGGUCGUUGCAAAGCAACCUUUUUUCUCCCUCUGCAUAAAAUUUUCCCUUUCUCCAGAAAUGCUCACUACAAGGGCCUAGGACACUCGGGCAGGGUCAGUCACUUGCCCUCCAGUCCCAUGGACGCAUCCCUGCAGCUGCAGCGGAGGAGCUCGGGACCCCGGGGUGACCCCAAGGGCAAUGUGAGCACCUGGUUAGACCCCGAGGGACUGAGGACACUGAAGCCACUGGCCGUGAGCCCUGGAAGCCCAAGGGCACUGGCUGCAUGCAUAUAGUUCAGAUGACAAAAUCUGUACAGAUGAGGGGUUGGUCUUCUGCGGGCGUGGGUCUCCCGCAAGGGGUCAGUGGUCAGAUUCGUUAAAAAAUAUAAUAGAUUAUCAUGAUGGAAAAGUUUUGGGAAUAAACAAGGUUGCACAAUAUUGCAAAUGUAACUGAUGCCACUAACUUGUAC